GCAGAUCGUCUCUGUCCAUCUUUUAUUUUCAGGGGACAUUGGUGGGCAAAUGGGUCUUUUUAUAGGAGCCAGCGUCCUCACCAUCUUGGAAAUUCUGGAUUAUGUAUAUGAGGUGAUCAAACACAGGUUGGAGCGUUUGCUGAGGCCACAAAGAGAUGACAAAAAGCAAACCCAGCAGCAGCAACAGGCCAGCACAGUCGCCACAGUGAACCUGGAGGAAAUGAAAGCUAAGGAUUCUAGUGAGAUGAGCCGGAGCCAUUCAGAAGGAGCUUACGCCAACACCGUCCUCCCGAAUCACCAUCACCACCACCGCACCCACCACCGAGUGUUCGAAGACUUCGCCUGCUAGGAAGGUCUUGCCGCUGUUGACGUCUGCAGAAGGAGCGCUGAAGGUGGGCUCGAUGAAAGACCCUCAGAUCUCAGCGUUAAUCUCUCUCUCUCGCUGUCACCAGUUAAAGCUACAGCCAAAGUCGAACUCUUAAACCCUCGCUUCUAACCGAACGGACAUAUACGGAUCGGACGCUGCGGUCCAGCAGGAGACCCUAUGAAAUCCUGCCCUUUCCCAACUCCUUUCGCAGGACUCUACGAUUUCUACACCGGGGACCUUGGUGUUACAUCAAGGCAUAGACUGCAUGACAUCUAGAGCCACUUUAUACUCCAGGUCAUUGCGUUCUUACUUUCUAUUUUGUCAGCUGUUAGAGUUUUAUUCGGUGAGUUCUCAUCUUGUGAAAUAUAUUAAAUCUACCAAUGUAAAUGAUGUAUUUGAAUCAUGGCUAUCAACCCCCCGUAGGAUCCAGACUCUGGAAUUUCACCGAAAUCAUGGGGACGGUGUAGAAUAGUUUAGGUGUUUCAGAAAAGUAACAUGUAUCCAUCUCUAUUGGAUAUGUCUGGUAAAUGUUUCCUUUAUCUCCAAUGGCUUAUGAUUAAUUUAACUGAAAGUAUAUCGAAUAAUCCACCAAUUUUUUUGUAAUGUUAUUUAUAGAGAUGUAUCGUGUGAGUGGUAAUGGGUGUCAUUAGCAGUAACAACAUGAUCUUCUUGUGAGGUUAUUUCCCAAUGGAGAGCCGAAUGAUGUGUGUACAGUAAAGCCCACGAAGAAGCCGCUGCCGUAGCCAUAUGGAAAAGGUUUGUUUCAUCCAUCUAUCAGCUGAUGGAUCCACUCUCUCCCAAACCUCCCAAAAGUGUUUAAUAAAACAGACCUUAUGUUCCUAGUUUAGCUUUUGAAUGAGACUGAGUGCAUCGGUUCCAUGGAGAAUGAUAAAGUGGGUUUGCUCAGCACAUUCGCAAAACUAUGAGUAAUCUGGUGCACCACAGCGUACGGCUGGAUGUUUAAAAGUGGUUCGAUGAGUUUUUCUCAGGGUUCCGAGUGGUGAAAUGUCUAGCACUCUCUUUUGACAAAAGACCAGAUGUGCAAAGCAUUUCAAUCAGAAUCCACCAACUCUUCUUUGGAUAAAUUUAAGCAAGUACUGACAUACAAUGACGAUUCAAAGAGUACAAACGUUUCCCUUUUUUACCGUCCGAAGAUUAUAUAUGCAGGUAUUGAUUUCCUGCAUGGUGGUUACAAAAUUGCUAAUAUUAUUACUGUAAGUCAACCAUGUAGCUCCCCAAAUUAUUCUUUAAAAUAAUGAAUAAUAAUGAUUAUUAUUUAAUUGCUUUUCAAAUGUAAUACUUUGUAAUAUUCUAAAGGUAUUCAAAUUUUAUUUGGGGUAAUGGAUGUUAUUAUAUUACAACAUAUAAUGUUAGUAUAAUGUUUUAAUUUACAAUAUUGUGUGAAAAUGUUAUAUAAUGUAAUACCCAUAUGGGUCCUUUUAUUUAUUUAUUUUUUAUUUUGGAGCAAAUCAAAUAAUGAGCAUCAUGCCUUUUAACAAGAUUUACAAAACCCACCCAACACAAUGUCAUUCAGUGUAACAAUAGUUUCUAUACCAAAUAAAACUCUUGUGAGACAUAUUUAAAACAA